AUGGAACCCCCGCUGGGAAGCUACUUGCGCUUCACAGUCAACCCUAGUCGAGUUAGGUUCUUAGUCAAAGAACCACAGAAUAAGAGCAAGAGGAACAAGGAGAACAAGGGGAACAAGAGGAACAAGAGGAACAAGGGGAACAAGAUUAACAAGAGAAACAAUAGUAACAAGAGGAACAAGAGUAACAAGAGGAACAAGAGGAACAAGAGGAACAAGGGGAACCAAGAGGAACAAGAGGAACAAGAGAAACAAGGGGAACAGAGGAACAAGAGGAACAAGAGGAACAAGAGGAACAAGGGGAACAAGAGGAACAAGGGGAACAGAGGAACAACAGGAACAAGAGGAACAACAGGAACAAGAGGAACAAGAGGAACAAGGGGAACAAGAGAUACAAGUCAAAAAAUACCAAAAACACUCAAAGAAUCAACAAAAUCAGCUUUAUCAACCACUACCACAGAAAAAGUAACAGCAACAAGAACAGUAGCUACGACUGGACUCCCUAGGGCAGUAAGUUGUGUUGUAAAUCCACCAGAACUAGAAGAUUCAACAGCUGUAACAAAUAUGUCUGGCUGGCAACAGAACAGUAGUUUAUCCUCUCAGUCGGAGAAAUCAAUCAAUCAAUCAACUGCCUCGACCUCAAGCUCUAAUCAGUCCACAGAUCAAUCCAAGGCUCAGCCUCCAGGAGGUCAGAGUCAUGUUAACUGGGAUAAACUAGUCGAUGAAGUGUUCCACGACGAAAUCAAAGAUUUCCAUGUUCAGCUCAACCACAAAGCGAGGACUUUGCAAAAACAUUAA